CAUAUAUGUGUCGAGCUAAAAGUGUGUGUGUUAUUAUCAGAAGAGAGAGAAGAAGUCUUCUCGCUAGUGUUACGUCAAUUAAAAGCAGAACACUAACUAUAUAUACAUUUCACCACAUACUAUCGACCGUUGUAUCUAUGUAACCUCAUCAUGCUCAGUAAUUCGCAGUCAUUCACUGGUAUUCGCGGAAUAAAGUAUCAAUGUGAUUCUUAAUUUCGUAUAUUUUACAUUUUUUCACUGCAAGUACUACAUUUUGACGUCAUUUAUCUUUUUUUUCUAAGUUUUUAAGUGUAACAGUAGCAUUUGUUAAAUUUAUUUAGUCAAAAAAUUAUUAGUGAGCAAAUUAUUAGAACAGAAAAAGUGUAUGAAUAUUGUAUGAAUAUUUUACUUACAGUUUUGGUAUUAACAAUGAUUAGAUAAAAAAAAAUCAAGUAUUUCAUGAAUCUUUACAUCAGAAUAUAACAUACUAAUGACGAUGGGAGAGAUAGUUGGAUCGGCAAGUUUUUUGCAUCUUGGAGAUAUUGUCAGCCUUUAUGCAGAAGGCGCAGUUUCUGGUUUUUUAUCCACACUUGGGUUGGUUGACGAUCGAUGUGUUGUUUGUCCGGAGGCAGGCGAUUUAAUAAAUCCUCCAAAAAAGUUUCGAGAUUGCCUGUUCAAAAUAUGUCCUAUGAACCGAUAUUCUGCUCAAAAGCAGUUUUGGAAAGCAGCCAAACAAAGUGGCAGCUCUACUACGGAUGCUGUUUUAAUAAAAAGACUUCAUCAUGCAGCUGAGAUUGAAAAGAAACAAAAUGAUACUGAGAAUAAAAAAUUAUUAGGUUCAGUGGUAUCCUACGGAAAUGUCGUGCAAUUACUUCAUCUUAAAUCAAACAAAUAUUUGACAGUAAAUAAAAGGUUACCAGCUUUAUUAGAAAAAAAUGCAAUGCGAGUAUAUUUAGAUGCAAAUGGUAAUGAAGGAUCAUGGUUUUAUAUAAUGCCAUUUUACAAAUUAAGAAGUGAUGGAGAUAGUGUUGUAGUCGGUGAUAAGGUCAUUUUGGAGCCAGUAAAUUCAGGGAGGCAAGGACUACAUGUUGCUGCAAAUUAUGAAUUGAAUGAUAAUCCUGGAUGUAAAGAAGUUAAUGUUGUCAAUGCAUCAACAUCAUGGAAAGUAACGUUAUUUAUGGAGCACAGAGAAAAUCAAGAAGAAAUUUUAAAAGGUGGAGAUGUUGUAAGACUUUUUCAUGCUGAACAAGAAAAGUUUUUAACAAUGGAUGAAUAUAAAAAAAAACAACAUGUUUUUCUAAGAACAACUGGAAGAACUAGUGCAACAGCUGCAACUAGCAGUAAAGCUCUUUGGGAAGUUGAAGUUGUCCAGCAUGAUCCUUGUCGAGGUGGAGCAGGUCAUUGGAAUUCUCUGUUUCGAUUCAAACAUCUUGCCACGGGCCAAUAUUUAGCUGCAGAGAUUGAUGUUGAUGAACCACAUGAAGUAAACAAAUCUAAACGUGAUACUGCUGGAGCAGUCUAUCGGCUUGUAUCAGUGCCACACAGUAAUGAAAUAAGUUCUCUGUUUGAAUUAGAUCCGACUACUUUAACGAGAGCUGAUAGUUUAGUUCCUCAAUCUUCAUUUGUAAGACUACACCAUAUUUGUACAAAUACAUGGGUUCAUUCAACAAGUGUUCCUAUUGAUAAAGAUGAUGAAAAACCAGUAAUGUCAAAAGUUGGAUGUGCCAUUAAUAAAGAAGAUAAAGAAGCAUUUGCUUUAAGAUCUGUUUCACCAGUGGAAGUUCGUGAUCUUGAUUUUGCUAAUGAUGCGUGCAAAGUUUUAGCAGUAAUAAGUGUUAAAUUAGAAAAGGGUACAAUUUCACACAAUGAAAGAAGAGCUGUCACCAGUUUACUUCAAGAUAUUGUUUAUUUUAUUGCGGGAAUGGAAAAUGAACAGAAUAAGUCAGAAGCACUUGAUUUGAUAGUUACUAAUGCUGUUAGAGAUCGGCAAAAAUUAUUGAGGGAACAAUACAUUCUUGGGCAAUUAUUUAAAAUACUUCAAGCUCCAUUUUUAGAGUCUAAUGAGGGUGAAGGGCCUUUCUUGAGAAUAGAAGAAUUAAAUGAUCCAAGACAUGCACCAUAUAAAUACAUUUUUCGAUUAUGUUAUAGAAUCUUAAGAUUAUCACAACAAGAUUAUCGAAAGAAUCAAGAGUAUAUUGCUAAAUAUUUUGCUUUUAUGCAAAAACAAAUUGGAUAUGAUAUUUUAGCUGAAGAUACAAUUACUGCACUUCUUCACAAUAAUCGAAAACUUUUAGAGAAACACAUAACUGCUGCAGAAAUAGAAACAUUCGUGGGACUCGUUAGAAAAAAUAUGAAAAAUUGGGAGUCACGAUUUUUGGAUUAUUUAUCAGAUUUAUGUAUAUCAAAUAAAAAAGCUAUUGCAGUAACACAGGAAUUGAUUUGUAAAAGUGUUCUCAGCGAAAAGAAUAAAGAUAUUUUAAUAGAUACGAAAAUGAUUAAAACACACGUGGAAGUUGAAGAAAAUAUUGUUGAAAGACAAGAUGAUAGUGAAAUGACAGAAAUAACAAUUUUAGAAGAUCAUGAAAUAGUUUUGUCAUGGAAUAAUGGAAAACGAACAAUGUCAUUAAGUGAAUUAUCAAGAGAAGCUAAAAUGGGCAAUAUUGAAAAUAUUGCCAUUUUAGAUUAUUACCGGCAUCAACUUAAUUUAUUUAGUAACAUGUGUUUAAAUCGACAAUAUUUGGCUUUAAAUAAUUUAUCACCACACUUAGAUAUUGAUUUAAUUUUAAAAUGUAUGGAAGAUGAAACAGUACCUAACGAAUUACGAGCUUCUUUUUGUCGGCUUAUGUUACAUCUUCACGUUGAUCGUGAUCCUCAAGAACCCGUUACACCUGUCAAAUAUGCUCGUCUUUGGUCUGAAAUCUCUUCAAAAAUAAGUAUAAAUGAUUAUGAUACUAAUAGAAUGCCUGAUGAAAAUAAAGAAGCUGUUCGAGCACGAUUUAGUUCUACAAUUCUAUUUGUUGAAGAUUAUCUGUGUAAUGUCGUUUCAAAUGUAUGGUCUUUUGCUGACCAUGAACAGAAUAAACUUACAUUUGAAGUUGUUAAAUUAGCACGUGAUCUUAUUUAUUUCGGAUUCUACAGUUUUAGUGAUUUAUUAAGAUUAACAAAGACAUUGCUCGGUAUACUUGAUUGCGUAUCUGAUAAAGAUUUCAUCGAUGGAAAAAUAUCAUCUACAUCUGAAAUCGAUUCUGACAUAAGGGAAACUGAAAAUGAAGCCGAGGGUGGAGUUUUAAGAUGUAUUGGAGAUAUGGGAGCAGUCAUGACAAGUUUAACACUUGGUCCGGCUGGACAAGUGAUAUCCGGAACAUCUUCUCCACGACCUAAUCCAGGAACAAAAAAAGAAUAUCCAUUAGUUAUGGAUACUAAAUUAAAAAUAAUAGAAAUUUUGCAAUUUAUCUUGGAUGUAAGACUUGACUAUAGAAUCUCAUGUCUUUUGAGUAUUUUCAAAAAAGAAUUUGAUGAAAACGAAAAAUCCUCUGGAGAUAUGAAUCUCGAACAGAAAGGAAUUGAUUUAGAGGCAAUAGGUCAACAAGCAGAAGGAAUAUUUGGAAGUAGUGAUGAGUGUUUAGCUUUAGAUUUGGAUGGCCAAGGCGGUCGAACAUUCCUAAGAGUUUUACUUCAUUUAGCUAUGCACGAUUAUCCUCCAUUAGUAUCUGGAUCACUUCAUUUAUUAUUUAGACACUUUAGUCAACGCCAAGAAGUUUUACAAGCAUUUAAACAAGUUCAACUUUUAGUUUCUGAUAGUGAUGUAGAAUCUUAUAAACAAAUUAAAGCAGAUUUAGAUGUUCUUCGACAAUCAGUUGAAAAAUCAGAAUUAUGGGUUUACAAAUCAAAGUCUAUUGAAGAUCAUGGAACUACUAAGAAGAAAAAGAGUAAUAAAGAAGAUGAAGAAGAGGGUACAACAUCGAGGAAAAUGCCUCCAAAACUUGCUGAAAUAGAUAAAAGAGGAUCAGCUAUUGAUUUAGAUGUUGGUCCUCCACUUCAUGCUGAUCAAGCUGAAGAAUAUAGAAAAAUUCAGCAAAUUUUGAUAAGAAUGAACAAACUUUGUAUUCAAACCUUUCCUGGUGGUGUCGUUAAACCACGCAAACAUGAGCAAAGACUUUUGAGAAAUGUCGGAGUACAUACCAUUGUUUUAGAUCUUCUUCAAGUUCCAUUUGAUUGUAAAGAAGACACAAGAAUGAAUGAAUUGAUGCGGUUGGCUCAUGAAUUUCUUCAAAACUUUUGUCUGGGUAAUCAACAAAACCAAGUACUUCUUCACAAACAUCUUGAUUUAUUUUUAAAUCCAGGAAUACGAGAAGCCCAAACAGUUUGCAGCAUUUUUCAAGAUAAUUCCACACUGUGUAAUGAAGUCAAUCCAAAAGUUAUACAACAUUUUGUUCACUGCAUUGAAACUCAUGGUCGUCAUGUGCAAUAUUUGAAAUUCCUUCAAACUAUUGUAAAAGCUGAAAAUCAAUUCAUUAGAAAAUGUCAAGAAAUGGUAAUGCAGGAACUUGUUCAAGCUGGAGAAGAUGUAUUGAUAUUUUACAACGAUAGAUCAUCGUUCAAUUAUUUUAUUGAAAUGAUGAAAUCUGAGAGAUACCGAAUAGAUGAGAGCAGUCCUCUUAAAUAUCAUGUAGAAUUAGUAAAACUUUUAGCUUGCUGUACGAUGGGAAAGAAUGUCAAUACUGAAAUUAAAUGUCACAGUCUUCUACCACUAGACGAUAUAGUUGCUAUGGUUUCGCAUCCUGAUUGUCUUCCAGAAGUAAAAGAGGCAUAUAUUAAUUUUCUCAAUCAUUGUUAUAUAGACACAGAAGUAGAAAUGAAAGAAAUUUAUACAUCAAAUCAUAUGUGGUCUUUAUUCGAAAAAUCUUUUAUCGUUGAUAUGGGACUUAUUGGAACUUCAACACAUGAUAGAUAUCAUGCAGAUACUGCAUUCGAAAAUUACGUGACCAAUUGUCUGAUGAACAUUAUUACGACAUUUUUUAGUAGUCCUUUUUCAGAUCAAAGCACUACUGUACAGAAACAUCUGCACGAGGCAAGACUCUUUUGGAAUCUGAAGGAAAAUGAUCAGAAUAACGACAUUAAUACAUCGGACUCUACUAGACAGCCCAUAUUUGUUCAAUUAUUACACGCAGCAUUCAAAGUUUCUCAAUGUACAUGGUUAAAUGCUGGGCAAAGGUUUAAUGUAGAAAAUUGUAUCAGAACAUUAUCAGAAGUUGCGAAAGGUCGUGGAAUUGCAAUUCCCACUGAUUUAGAAAGCCAAGUAGCAAAUAUGUUCAAUAAAGCUGCUAUGCUAAGCAGGCAAACAACUAAGUGGUUGCAAGCUGUAAAGCAACCAAAAGUAGAACGUAGUCAGAGUCAGUUGAUGCGACUGGAUCGCAGUAUCAUCGAAGGUCUUCAAGAUAUCGUGUUAUUAUUGGAAGAGCAAUUGAAACCUUUAGUUCAAUCUGAAUUAUCGUUAUUGGUUGAUAUACUUUAUCGACCAGAAUUACUUUUCCCCAUGGGUACAGAGGCACGGAAAAGAUGUGAAAGUGGUGGAUUUAUAAGAAGAUUAAUAAAACAUACUGAAAAAUUAUUAGAAGAGAAAGAAGAAAAAUUGUGUGUAAAAGUUUUACGAACUCUUAGAGAAAUGAUGGCAAUGGAUCCUGAAUAUGGAGAAAAGGAAUUAGAAGAUGAGCCUGAACAAAUGCCCGAUGUCAAGCAGGGUAACGAGUUGCCAAUAGAAACUGAUUCAAAUCAACAAUUACAUUCACAACAAAUGACGCAACAGCAACGGGGCGAUGCAUUGAGAAACAAUUUACUGAUUCGAUACUUUGGCAAGACAUUUUUACAAAAGAUGGACAACGUAGAAUCAAAUUCACCAGGCUCAGCGUCAGUAACUCAUGGACCAGGAGCAAAAAUUUUAAGUCGCGCUGGUCGUACUUUACAUGAAGUUCAAAGUCAUUUAGAUCGUGAAGGGGCUUCAGAUCUUGUUGUUGAGUUAGUUAUAAAAAGUGUUCAUUCACCAAGUAUUUUUGUUGAAGCUGUAGAAUUAGGAAUAGCUCUUUUAGAGGGAGGAAAUCCUAUUAUUCAAAAAAGUGUAUUUAAUAAACUAAUGGGAGGAGAUUUAAGUCAAUCAUUUUUCAAAGUUUUCCAUGAUAAAAUGAAAGAUUCUCAACAAGAAAUAAAAUCGACUGUAACUGUUAAUACAUCUGACAUUGUCGUAAAAGCUCAUGAAGAUAAAGAGCAGAAUAGAGACUUGGAGAAAAUAUCGAAGAAGAGAAUGUCUAGUAAAUCAAAUGGAAUUGUUAUUACGGAUGAAUUACGAGAGGAAUUAAAUAAUGCAGCUGUAAGUACAGCUCAAGCUUAUGCAAAUGUACGUACUUUAGCUUCUGGAGAAGAUGUAUCUAAUACGGUAGCUCUUGGAUAUGCGCUGGAAGAUAUGUUAGCUGAAAAAUUAGAGAGACACAGAACUGGAAUAAAUGUCAAUAAUGAACGAGAUGAAGGUAUUCUCAGUGCCAAAGUUUUAGUAAUGCAACCAAUUUUACGAUUUCUGCAAUUGCUUUGUGAAAACCACAACCGAGAUUUACAAAACUUUUUACGCAAUCAAAAUAAUAAAACAAAUUAUAAUCUUGUAUCAGAAACUUUAAUGUUUUUGGAUUGUAUUUGUGGCUCUACAACUGGUGGACUUGGAUUACUUGGACUUUAUAUUAACGAGCAUAACGUUGCACUUAUUAAUCAAACACUCGAAACUUUAACUGAAUAUUGCCAAGGUCCUUGUCAUGAUAAUCAAAAUUGUAUAGCAACUCAUGAAUCUAAUGGACUUGAUAUAAUAACAGCAUUGAUUCUUAAUGACAUUAAUCCAUUAGGAAAAACACGCAUGGAUUUAAUUUUAGAACUAAAAAAUAAUGCAAGCAAAUUAUUACUUGCUAUAAUGGAAAGUCGAGGAGAUAGUGAAAAUGCAGAGAGAAUUUUAUAUAACAUGAAUCCUAGACAAUUGGUUGAUGUUGCAUGCAGAGCAUUCCAUCAAGAUUCUUUAGACGAUGACAACGAUAAUGAUGACACUUCUAACAAUGGUGAUGAUGGAGUAUCGCCAAAAGAAGUAGGUCAUAAUAUUUAUAUUUUAUGUCAUCAACUGGCUCAACACAAUAAAGAAUUAUCUGCAAUGCUUAAGCCAUCAGAAUCUAAUAAUACUGAUGAGAAAAUUAAUAAAGCUCUUCAGUAUUACGCAACUCACACCGCACAAAUUGAAAUUGUAAGGCAUGAUCGAACUUUGGAACAAAUAGUCUUCCCUAUUCCUGAAAUUUGUGAGUUAAUUACCAUGGAUACGAAAAUUAAAGUUCUUCAUACUGCCGAGCGAGAUGAUCAAGGCUCCAAAGUAUCAGAUUUCUUUGAAAGAACUGAAGAUAUGUUUAAUGAAAUGAAGUGGCAAAAGAAACUUCGUGGUCAGCCAAUGCUUUUCUGGAUGAGUAGUUAUAUGUCAUUAUGGAGUAAUAUUCUUUUCAACUGUGCCGUACUUAUUAAUCUUAUUGUGGCAUUUUUUUAUCCAUUUGUCGAUGCUGUGCCUAAGUUAAUUAUUCCACAUUUAUCUAGUUUAAUAUGGGCAGUAAUGUUGAUAUCUGGAACAAUUGUUAUUACUUUGCCACGAGAAUCCGGAAUAAGAACUUUAGUCGCUUCAACAAUACUCAGAUUAAUUUUUUCAAUUGGCCCAGAACCUACUUUAUGGUUACUCGGAAUAUCAACUCUUAUAUUAAAAAUAAUUCACAUGAUAAGUAUCAUUGGUAAUCAAGGAACAUUAACUAAAACUCCUGACCAAAUAAUCACUGAUGCUGAACUUUGGUAUCAUGCUUUUUAUCUUAUUUUCUGUAUACUUGGAAUUUGUAUGCACCCAUUUUUCUAUUCUGUUUUACUUUUUGAUGUAGUUUAUCGUGAAGAAACACUACUAAACGUUAUAAGAUCUGUAACACGAAAUGGAAGAUCUAUCAUCUUAACUGCAGUACUCGCUUUGAUUCUCGUCUACAUGUUUUCUAUUAUUGGUUAUAUGUUUUUCAAAGAUGACUUUCUUGUUACUGUUGAUGAUGAUGUUUAUUCAAUAGCUGAUACAAAAGCCCCAGAAACUUGUGAAUCUAAAGAAUUUGAAGAAUGUCAAAAAACUGAAACAUUAUCAGAGUACGCUAAAACAAUGAAUGAUAAAAAUACUGCAGAAAUAAUAAAUUCAGGUGGUGAAAUGAAGGAACGAGCUUGUGAUUCGUUAGUAAUGUGUAUUGUUACAACAAUGAAUCAAGGACUAAGAAAUGGAGGUGGAAUUGGGGAUGUAUUACGAGCUCCAUCAAGUACAGAACCAUUAUUUGUUGCUAGAGUAGUGUAUGAUCUUCUAUUCUUCUUCAUUGUUAUUAUUAUUGUACUUAAUCUCAUUUUUGGUGUUAUUAUUGAUACAUUUGCGGAUUUGCGAUCGGAGAAACAACAAAAGGAAUUAAUAUUGAAGAAUACAUGUUUUAUAUGCGGAUUAAAUCGAUCUGCUUUUGAUAAUAAAACAGUUUCAUUCGAAGAACAUAUUAAACAUGAACAUAAUAUGUGGCAUUAUCUAUACUUUAUUGUUCUUGUUAAGGUCAAAGAUCCUACUGAAUUCACUGGACCAGAAUCUUAUGUAUAUGCUAUGGUUAAGGAUCGUAAUCUUGACUGGUUUCCAAGAUUAAGAGCGAAGUCUCUAGCAGCAGAUGAAGGUGAAGGUGAGCAGGUGGAACUUCGUAGCUUGCAAUCGCAACUGGAAUCUACUCAGCAAUUGGUCAAAUGUUUGUCUCAACAACUUACUGAAUUACGUGACCAGAUGACUGAGCAACGCAAGCAAAAGCAGCGGUUAGGUCUCUUAAAUUCUGCAUCAGCUUAUAUCCAUAAUGCUCCAUCAUAAACUUCUCGUCGUCAAGUUUUACUUCGUUCAAGUAUCAUGUUAUUAGUCUUACGUGUAUAAAUAUUAUCAAUGUUAAAAUGUGUCAUGAAGAUAUUUUUUAUAAAAACCGGUAAUGUAUUUCGAUAUAUUUUUUUUUAAUAAUAGAAUUUAUUAUUUUGUUCAUUAAUGAUACCGCCGGUAUAUCAUUAAGAAAUAAUAGAUGUCUUUCAAUUUUACAAUAUUUAUACCAUAGAAUUGUUGAAAUAAUACUAUCUUGUAUGUACAUUUAUAUUCACGUUUAUGAUAUAAAAAGACUAUAAAUAUUGAUUACUUAUAACUUGAAAUAUUUUUAUGGCAAAUGAGUUUUUGAACUUAUACUUAUGUGAAUAUUUUUGAAAUUUAUUUCAACUAAAGUGAAUAUUGCAUUUCUUUAAAAUUUCGUUAUCCUUUCAACAAUUCAUUACGUAAUAAU